UCUUCACUAUCAUUCUUAUCAUCAUUGUAGUAUUCUUAUCUUUAACUUAUCACGACGGGACUACAAGAUCAUUUCUUUAUAAUUACUAAGUUGCUAGUUAAGACAAAUAAGACAAUGGCAUCGAAAGAUUACACAGUGUUAAAGCCAGGUGUAUCUAUCAAACCUGUGGUGUCUCAUAACGAAAUCAAUAUCAUUUUAAGUGAAGUAUAUGGAUUAAAAUGUACUUCACUGAAAGAAUUAAACGGAUAUGAUGACAAUAAUUACCAUGUUAAGGUUGAAGAAAGUUGGGACAACAGUCACAUUCAAAAGAUCAAUACAUCCGGAUAUACUUUAAAAAUUGUGAAUUCUUUGGAUUCCGAAAAACCACAGUUUUUUGAGGCACAAAAUGAACUGCUUGUUUAUUUGGGUAAAACAGGCAUAUGUUGCCCCACACCUGUACAAAACAAAACUGGCCACUAUUACAUAAUUAAACAAUUUUCCAGCGGUAAACAUAUAGUGAGGCUACUAGAAUUUAUUGAUGGGUCAAUUCUGCAUCAAGUGCCUUCUUCAACGAAUCUUUUUUAUGAAAGCGGAAAAUACGUCGCCUCGUUGGAUGAGGCACUACAGAACUUUCAUCAUCCCGCCUACGAUAAUCACAAAACCGUUUGGCAUCUAGAAUCGGUUCCACAACUGUCACAGUUCUUAUAUGCUGUGUCUGAUACCAAUCGGAAGAAAAUAGUAGAAGAAGUGAUUGAAGAGUUUUCCAAGAGGGUGUUGCCCAUGGGUCCAAAUAUGAAACGCGGCAUGAUACACGGGGACUUUAAUGAGCAAAAUAUUUUAGUAGAAGAAAAAGAUGGUGUUUGGUGUAUUAAGGGUGUAUUAGAUUUUGGUGAUAGCCAUCUUGCGUGUUAUAUCUAUGAGUUGGCAGUCACCAUGACAUAUAUGAUGAUCCAAGGGAAAAGUCUUGAUGUUGGCGGUCACGUUCUAGCAGGUUACAGUUCCGUUAGAGAAAUACCACUAGAGGAAUUUAAACUGUUGAAGGUGUGUAUAGCAGGUCGACUUUGCCAGUCUUUGGUUCUUGGGGCAUAUUCAAGUCUUCAGGAUCCAGACAAUUCAUAUAUUUUGGUAACAUCAAAACCUGGAUGGGCUUUGUUAGAAGAGAUGUGGGUGCAACCGGAAAAUGCUUUAUUGGAACGUUGGAAAAAUAUUGUAGAAAGUUAUAAAGCCACGUAGAUAAAAGAACAAAAUUUAUUAAUAUUGCGAAAUAAACAUUUUUUUUAAAUCAUUCAAAAGUAACGUCAUUUUAUUUAACUACAUUUGUUUAGAGAAUACAAAAUGGAACGAUCUAAGGAAUUAUAAAUGAUGUUAACCUAAGGUAUAAUAAUAAUAGUAGUAACAAUAAAAAUUGCUAUAAACUUUUCCACUCAACGCUAUUUUUUUAUAGUGGUAAUUGUAUUUGAAAUAUAAUUUUGGAACAUUAGCUAAAACGUAAGCAGUGGCGUAUCGUAAAUGGAACGAUUGCGGAUUUAAUCCGAGAUAAGCCACUGAAACCAGGCGUUUAGGCUAACAUUUUGCUUCGAUCACUGUCAAUAUUGACAAUAAUAUUUUAUUUUACAAUAAUACUACAUGUGUUAUGUUAAUUAAUAUAAGUAUAACAUUGUUUAACAUAAGCUGUAUAUACUCUUAGGCAAUCGUUAACAGUAUCUGACUAUCAUUUUUCAUCAAUAAUUAAAUAAUUCGUUUAUUUUUUUACAA